AUGUCUUCCAGAAUUCCUAAAGAUUUCUUUAAAAGCAAAUGGAAACCAAAAGCUAGUAACUCCAAACCAGAAACUGCCUUUGAGAAAUUUAAGGAGGAAAUUGCAGCUUUGAAAACAUCAGUGGAAGAAAUCACAAAUGGAAAAGGAAAGCUGGUGGAUAAAGACAGACACAAACUUAUAGAGAAAAUUCGACACCUUGAAGCUGAGAGGGAGAAGAAUGCCUCUCUCCUCACAGAGAAAGACCGAGAGAUACAGAGGCUCAGAGACCAGCUGAAGGUGAGAUACAGUUCGGCUGCGUUGCUUGAGCAACUGGAAGAGAAAACAAAGGAAUGCGAAAGGAGGGAGCAGCUGCUGAAAUCUUUAUCUGAAGAAACAGAUGCAUUGAAAAACCACUUGUCUACAACAACUGCAAGACUUGCUGAAUUUCAAAGCAAAGCCAGUAUGCAUCAGUUUCCACAGGCUUCAGCUACAAGUUGCUUCAGCUCAUCUGUGAGUAAUACUCAUGAAAUGGAAGUUCAGCUGAAAGAUGCGCUGGAGAAAAAUCAGCAGUGGCUUGUGUAUGAUCAGCAGCGGGAGGCCUACGUGAGAGGACUUUUAGCAAGGAUCUCCGAGUUGGAACAGCAGUUAGAAACAGCUGCUCAGUCACUCCCACAGGAGAAAAAAAGAACUGAAUCAGAAGGUUACCUCCAAGAAGAAAAGCAAAAAUAUUACAGCUAUCUCUUGGCCAAUGCGAAAAAAGAUCUUGAGGUUGAACGGCAAACUGUAACUCAGUUAAAUUUUGAACUUAGUGAAUUCCGAAGAAAAAAAGAGCUCCAUGAUUUUCCCUUCACUGAACCACAAGGCACUUUCCAAGGAGAGUCAGAAAACAAACUAAAAGUGGCCUCACCAAAAAGCCCUGCUUCGCUCAAUGAUAGUCUGGUGGAGUGUCCCAGGUGCAACAUACAGUAUCCGGCCACGGAACACCGGGAUCUACUUGCUCAUGUUGAAUACUGUGCAAAGUAA